CAUAAAUGUAACUCUGCGAUGGAAAUUGAAGAGUUGGAAGCUCUGGGUUUCAAUGAACCUGAAGGAAAAGCUUCGAGUUUUAGCUUUCAAGUCCAAACUCGUCUCCCAUUUGCCUUGAGCUUCUUCAGGGUUCAAUCUUCAAAUUUGAAAGCUUUUCAGUUUCCUGGGUGAGUAGUUCAAUCCAUUUCCACUCCUAAAAUGUUCAAUCCUAGUGUUUUCAGUAGACUUUCACACGAUGUUAUGAACAAUUCCUGUUCGAGGCCAUUGAUAGCCCUCACUGUUAGAUUCAUCUCAAAAUCCUCUUCAGACCCAUCCCAAUCUUUUGUAGUCGCUUACCUCAAAGACAAACUCGGGUUCUCACCCGAAUCUGCAAUGGCGGCUGAUAAGUAUCUCCUUUUCAAAACCCCAGAAAAGCCCGAUUCGGUUCUUGAGUUCUUGCAGAAACAUGGUUUCUCGAAAACCCAAAUCGAAAAAAUCAUCAAAGUUCGGCCUGGUUUGCUCUACUCCAAUGCCGAGAAAACCCUUUUGCCCAAACUCCAAUUCUUCCAAUCCAGAGGUGUUUCAAGCCCUGAACUUAUCAAAAUCCUAUUUUAUAACCCUAAAGUUUUAACUCGUAGCUUAGAGAAAAAAAUUAUCCCUUGUUUCAAUCAACUUAGUAAUCUGCUACAAUCUGAUUACAAUGCUGUUAAAGCUAUAAAACGUUACCCAUUUCUUACCUCAUGCCCACUUGAUGUUUAUAUGUUACCUAAUAUAAGUUUUUUGAGAGAUAAUGGAGUGCCUGAGUCAAACAUCAUAUCAAUGUUUAUUUGUCACCCUAGGUCAUUUGUAGUAAACCCUGAUACGUUCAAGGAGAUUGUGAAGGAAGUGAAGGAAAUGGGGUUCGAUCCUUUGUUGCCUAAGUUUCUUUUUGCUGUGGUUGUGUUUAGGAAAAUUAGCAAACCUGCAAUAGAGAGGAAGUUUGAAGUUUAUAAGAAGUGGGGUUGGUCUGAAAAGGAGAUUUGGGAAGCUUUUAGACUGUAUCCGGGUGUUGUGGAAUCGUCAGAGGAGAAGAUUGCGGGGAUUAUGGAUUUUCUUGUGAACGAAAUGGGGUUCGAGUCUUUGCUCCUUGCCAAUCAACCGUUUGUUUUGGCUCGGAGCUUGGAGAAGCGGAUUGUUCCAAGGGGUUUGUUUGCUCAAGAUUUGUUAUCCAAAGGUUUGAUUAAGAGCUUUGGAUUGUCUGCAUUGUUCAACACUUCUGAAAAGGUUUUUGUGGAGAGGUUUGUUAACCGAUAUGAAGACAAAGCUGCGGAGCUGUUAUCAUUGUACAAAGAAAAAAUGAAUCUUGCGGUCGGAGAUGACUGUAUCCUCUUUGGAGAAGCUAUGAGGGAAAGUGCUUUGGUUAUGAAACAUAUUUUGCAAGAGUAUGAAGAUUCGUUGGGACAGUGUGUUAAUUUUGAGGAGUCUAUUAUUUUUUAUAGCUCCAAUGUCCAUACAAGGACCAGGGAGCAGAUUUCGGAGUGCUUAGGUGUUCGGAUGUCUCAAGAUUCGGAAAAAUACUUAGGCUUACCAAAUAUGGUAGGGCACAAUAAAAAGAAAUCGUUCUAAUUAUUGAAGGAUCGUAUGGCUUCGUAUUAAUAGUUGGUGCGUAAAACCAUUGUCUCAGGGUGGUAAGGAGGUUUUUAUUAAAAGCGUGUUACAAGCUAUUCCCACUUAUGUAAUGUCCUGUUUUUUAUUGCCGAAAUCAUGAUGUUAGGAUUUGGAAAGUAUAGUAAGCCGAUUCUGGUGGCAGAAAUAUGGGUGAAGGAGAGGAAUUCAUCGGUGUGAGUGGUCAAAGAUGUGUGAGCUUAAGGAGAAUGGGGGCUUAGGUUUUAGGAGCCUAGCAAAGUUUAAUAUUGCACUUAUUGCAAAACAGGGGCGGCAAUUGCUGCAUAAUCCAGAUUCAUUAUUGGCUCGUUCGUUGAAAGCUAAAUAUUAUCUGGAUUGUGAUUUCUUAAGUUCAAGUUUAGGUGCUUACCCAUCUUAUACCUGGAAAAGUAUAUGGGCAACGAAAGGUUUAUUUCAGGCUGGUCUUUGAUGGCGGGUAGGGAACGGUGUUAGAAUUGAUAUUUGGGCUGAUGGGUGGGUGCCUGGAUUAAGGAACGGUGGGAUAUAAUCAAUCAAUAGAGAACAAAGUUUGAAUACUGUGUCAGAGUUAAUUGAUCAUCAAGCUAGAAGGUGGAAGUCUCAACUGAGUACCAGAAUUUUUAAUGUAGAAGAAGCACAACAAAUUCAGUGUAUUCCCUUAGCUUCAAACUUGCUGGAAGAUAUGAU